GCUGGCCAGAACCAUUCUCGGGAACCAAAUUCGUGAUUCGCGGAUCAAUAACGGUGGGGCCACGCAUUCGUUGGUGGGCAAAGGGAUGUGUUGGGUUUGAUUUGGAAGGAAGGAUAUAAAUCGUCGCUGGGAAGUUGCCUGUUGGUGAUCGAUCUUGAUUGAUCUGGAUCUAGGGGGAUUGAGUGAUUGUGAAGGAAGAUCUAAUUAUCGUACUGCUGUUGCGGUAAAGAAGAUCUGUUCAAAGGAUUGUGUAAAACGAAAAAGUGAGAAGAAAUCUUGAGAGUCAAGUUCAAGAUUGAAACAAGUGCAAGAUGAUGAAAUUCGCGGUUUUAUUGGUAGCUGCCCUUGCAGCAGUAGCACGUGGAGAUGAUUUCAAUGGAUACUUUUAUCCGAAACCUAGCUGCCAAAUGCAGCUUGGACAAACCGUUUAUGUGACACAGACCGUAACCGACUACCAGUCCGCUACGAAAACGGUUCAAGUUCCGGUUCAAAACGAUGUGAUUCCUCAAACGCAAUACUCAUCAAUCUACAUCACGACAACUUACACCCAAACUGCUCCAGUUUAUCAAACGGUUACGAGCACAAGCGUCUACACCGUUCAAGGACCAGUUCAACCUCCACAGACGGUCUACAACACCAUCACAGCUCCUCCAGUAGUUUCAACCUACACUACCACGCUCAUUCAGGCAACGCCGGUGUACUCGACAAUCCGUGACGUCAGCACAGUUACCCUGCCACCUCAGGUGCUUCCAGCUCAAACCAUCUACAGCACUGUCACUCAACCUCCAGUCACCAGAACUUCAACACUUGUGUCCACAGCUACAGUCCCAGUUGUUACCACUGUUCGUGACGUCGUUACCCAGACUCUUCCUCCAGUAACCCUGCCACCUCAAGUAGUUUACUCUACUGUUCAGCUGCCAGCCCAAUACAUCACGUCAACUUCCUACGUCACGACAACAACUCCAGUUGUUCAAACGGUCCGGGACACAAUCACAAUCCCUCCAGUAACUCUGCCUCCACAAAUCCAAUACCAAACCAUCACCCAACCACCACAGACCGUCGUAUCGACUGUGAUCUCUGCUACCCCAACUCCAGUCUACAGAACCAUCACCAACACCCAGACCGUCACGGCACCUGCUCCACCGGCUCAGUUCCAAACAAUCUACUCGACCGUAACCCUACCGCCUCAGGUUCAAACCAUCAACAGCGUAGCCACCACUACCCUGCGCGAUGUCCAGUACAUUACAAUAACCUCAACGCAGUCCGGUAUCCAGUACGAUGCCCAAACCAUCUACAGCACCGUAACACUGCCAGCCGUCACCAAGACGUUCUGCGGGCCAACGAACACCUACUUACCGGCUGCCGAGGACAACACCGGUAGCCAGCAGCGAUACUCCGGCUUCGGUGGAUUCAGUCGAAACUACAACCGAUUCUUUUAAAGCGAAUUUGAGCUUUCCGACUGGGUUGCGGAAUAGCUUUGUGUAAAUAAAAUUGUCAGAUACGUAAAACAAUCUCUAGACCUUUAAGGACCCAAACUGCCAGUGCUGCUAGCGCAUUCAAUAAAUGAAUCCGGGAUCUAAAUCCACUUUUCAAUGUUACCAUUUUAGG